AAUAAAACUUCUUCAAAAAUCGAAUUUAAUAAACAUAAUAAAAGUAAUAAAAUUUAUACUAAUACGUCAUCAGAAAAUGAUGAUUCCAAAGAAAAUGUCACUUUUAAUUCAGAGAAUGGACUUAACAAAAUGAAAAGUAUGGCUUCUCAUAAUGAGACAAAUGUUAAUCAAUCUGGCAGACCUACAGAUGUUCCACCUGAAGAAUCCAUUGGUGAAACUGGUAGAUUGUUUGUUAGGAAUUUACCAUACGUAUGCUCUGAAGAAGACUUACAGCAGAUAUUUAAUAAAUUUGGCCCACUUGCCGAAGUUCACAUACCACUUCAAGAAAUGCUUUUGUUUCUUGGAUGA